CUAGUUCCCCAACCAGGAACAAGUGAGGCGGCGUCGAUGGAAUGCGCAAACGGGACCAGCGCCGGCGCCGGCGUCGGCGCCGUAGGGAAUCGACUGAAGGAAAGUGAGUUCAGAGAACAAAUUGUCAAACUUGCUGGGAUUGCUUGUCAUGAAGACGAGGAAAAAUCGCGGAUAGAGCUACUGGAGAAGCUCAAAGGAUGUAACAAGAUCGGGCUAAUUGAAAUGUGUCGUUAUUUUGAUGUCCGAGGAUCAACAUCCACUAGGAAGGAUGAUAUAGUGACAAUACUGAUGGAGUUUUUGAUGGAACACGGCUCUCGUAUUGACUGCACAGACCCGGACAAGAAGCUUAGGAAAAGAAAGCGCAACAGGGAUGGUGUGGAUCUAUCUGGUGGCGACCCUUCAAAAAAAAGGAAACCUGAUGGAACUGUACUGGAAACUCAUGGUGAAGAAGCAGCUGGGAAAAAGUGUGUGAAGGAUAGAACAAACUGUUCCGAUUUUCACUUGAGGGGUAACAGAAAUGUAUGUACUGAUAACAAGACAGGACAGUUUUCGAAGGGAAAAGCCAAACCUGACCAGUUUGAAGGGGUAAAUGGCUCCAUGAUGGAGAAAUUAGCUGUGGUUCCUCUCCCAGGACUGCCAAUCCAUACACAUGAACAAAUACUAGUUACAACACCAUGUGCAAAGUUUGCUAGUGAUGUUGAAAAUAAUAGCAUGGACACGAAGGCUUCAACAAAGAAAACUAUUUCUGUUUCCAAGAAAAAGGCAACCCAUACGACAGAUCGCAACGAGAAAUUUUGUGGUAACAAUUCGUCUAGAGGAGAUGUGAAACCUCGAAAACAGGCAGUGAGACCAACUAAGGAUGAGCUGAGACACGCAGUCUUCUGCAUCUUGGAUACUGCAAAUUUUGCCACGAUGACUUUUGGAGAAGUUGUAAAAGCAGUUGACAAAUACUUCGGCAAGGAUUUAUUUGAGAGAAAGCCACUGAUAAGGGCCUUGAUAGAGGAGGAGCUCUUUAGGCUAGCAGAGGAGGCUGAGAAGAAGGAACUGGAAGAGGAGGAAGCAAUGGGAAUAAAAGCUAGAGCUGAGCAAGCUGCCAAGGCGAGCAGAAAAGAUGGAAGAGUGGGAUCAGAUAUAGUAAAGGAAAAUGGACUUCGAGCUGGUCAAGAUGGUAAAUCCAAGGAUGCUGAAAAGAAUUACAGAAGUGAUAAUGUUGAAAAAGAUGCUGGAAAUGGGACUUCUGUGAAGGCUGUCGAUAACAGAAGUAGCGAUGAUGCUGCUGAAAGUUCACAAGAUGGCAAAGCUGAAGUUGAGACAGAUAAUGAAACUAACUGUGAUGGAUUUGCCAAGGAUGGCGAUGCUGGAAACAUUGUGCAGAAUGCAAAUGGAGAUGAUGGUGUAGAAAUCUCCAAAGAUGGGAAAACUGGAAACAUUGUGCACAAUGCAAAUGGAGAUGAUGGCAAAGCUGAAGCUGACAGAAAGAAUGAAAAUAAUAGUGAUGGUUUUACCAAGGAUGGUGAGGCUGUAAACAUUGUGCAGAAUGCAAACGGAGAUGAUGGUGUAGAAUUCUUCAAAGAUGGUAAAGCUGAAACUGUAAAGAACUGCAGCGGUAACACCAUAGGAGGUUCUGAAGGUGUGAAAGCUGGAGAAGACGAGGGCACUAAAGAUGGCAGAACUGAAGAAUGCAUAAGUGGAAAUGGUGCAGAAAAAGUUGGUGACUGUGGGCCUGACGAGUCUAACACUAACGAAAAGGCUAGGCAUGUGAACUGUUCAGAAGAUGGCAAAUCCCAGGAAGCGGGUGACAAUGUGAACGGUCAAAAUACCCCAUCCUGUGGUGCUGAAUGUGGCAAUGCAAACGAGACCACGGAAAAUGCAAGUACUGAACAAAGCCGAAUAGGCGAGGAUGAUGAUGGUAAAGCUGAAGACGCUGAGCAGAAUAUGAAGGCCAAAGUUGAUGUAGAUUCAAGCAACCAUGGUACUGCUGAGGACAAUGCGAUAGCUAAUGGCGACGGCCAAGCCUAGGAUCCAAAGGUGGUGAGAGGGUUGUAGCCGAGGGUUGUAGAUGUAGGCUGUAGUAGUAGAGAGGUCCAGCUUAUGCUGUGUUCUUGUUUCGGCAGUAGUCACCACGUACUCCAGUAGGAUGUAGAGUCUGAGGUUUGGCUUCAAACUGCAUCAGUUUAGGAGAUUGUAGCGUAAAUUAUGCAGCAUGUAUAGAGCUUGGACAUGUAAUCCGGUAGGGUUGUUAUACGAAGAACGGAAGAAGGGUCUGU